AUGGACGCCCCUCCUGACCAUCGUCGAAAAUUAAACAAAGUCACCUUUUCGGGACUGCCUGACCGCGUCUCUGGGAGCCCUCACUUGGCGGGACUGCGCCAGUCGGAAAGAGAAGCCUAUGAGUGCAUCCUGGAAUUUCUAGAAGAAGAACAGAUGCUCAAGAUGGACAAGCUGAAGUUCCUGAGCGCAGUGGACACCUUGAGUGGCGCUGUCCAUGCCCAGGCAAAUGGCAACAUGGACGAUUUCUUUCCCAAAACUGUCCUGGCCAAGAAAAUCGAGAAACUAAUCCUUGAAGAGUCCACGGAGGCCCUGGUCAGCACCGUGCGGCAGCAAGCCAUGCUCUGCGUCGUGGCCCUGAGCCAGGCGAACCCGCCACUCCAUCUGUCCCAGAAGUUGGGCCUGGCCACCGCCGGCAUCUCCAGCAUCAUCUCUCUGCCGCCCAUUAUGCCCAGCCUGGACCGCAAGGACAGCGCCAGCCUCUACUCCCAGACGAUCCAGGCCUUGGACGACAUGUUACAGGCUCUUGUGAUGGAGGAUCUGGAGCCGAGCAUGGUCUUCCUGCAGAGCUUCCUGGAGAUUAUCCUGCCUUGCUUGGUGCAGUCGGAUAAAGUGCAUGAGCAGACCCGGAUCUUGGGCGCUGUUUCCCGGAUCCUGAGGUUUAUCUGCAAUUUCACCAAGCUGGCACACAUGGCGAAGUUCUCCAUGACGGGGACGCUGAUGGGCACGCUGGGCCGCCUCUGCAUGAGCCGCAGCCUGGAGGUCAGCGAGGGCGCCUCGGAGGCACUGCACUACCUGUUCAAAGUCCUCGUGCUGCAGAGAAGUGUGAAACAGAAGACAGAGAACAUCCUGAAGGAUCUGCAGAAGCACUUCCGGGGGGAGUGGCUGGCCAGCAUACAGGACCUAACGAUGUUCUUCAGGAAGUACCUGACCCCCGAGGAGAGAGCAGACCUGAUACUGGUGUCAAUGGAGGCCCUGACCGACCCCAGCAGGCAUGACGUCCAGGCGGCCUCCAGGGUGCUGCGGAUGAUCCUGAAGUCUUCUGUACCCGACAUCGGCAAGGUGCCUGAGAUCAUCCAGCACGUUUACCACCAUGUGCACGGCGCCACGGACGCUGCGGCCCAGGAGACCAUCGGGAAGGUGCUUCGCGUGCUGGCGCAGAGCUACACGGACGAGGUGGUCCUGACGCUCUUUGAGAUGGACGAGCAGUCCCAGAGGGGGGCUCACAAGCCCUGGGAGAUCCUGGCGUCCUUCCCCAAAGGCUACGAAGUGAUCAUGGAGCACCUCCUGCAGAGGCUGACCCCCCAGCAGACGGCCCGGCCCCAGGAGCCCGGCUGCAGGGCGAAGAUCUCUCCGUUGAUCGCCACCAGAGCCCUGCGCGAGCUGCUGCUGGAGCCCGGCCGGAGGGUGGAGGUGCAGGCCUUCUUCCCGCACCUGUUCCUGGCCCUGCUGUUCCGCAUCUCCUCCCUCCUGCGGGCGGGGGCUGCCCAGCCCCCUGUGAGCCAGGGGAUGGACCCCGUCAGCUGCUCCGUGGAGGCGCUGCAGACCUUGAUGAGGAGCGUGGGGUACACCGACUACGUGUCCUACGUUCAGAAACUGCAGGGCUGGGAGCUGCUCACCAGUCCGGAGAGACACCACGAGGGGGUGGCCCUGCUGGGCAGGGCCAUGGUCGUCUGCAACUGCUGGCACACCCGCCCGGUCUUCCGCCUCACCGUCCGCAUCCUCCAGGACCCCGACCACGAGAACCACAUGACGGCUCUCGUGUUCUUCACCGAGCUGCUGCAGUGCCCGGACGUGGCGGCCGCUGCCGACGAGGAGAUGAUCAGGACUGUGGCCGACUGGUUCCAGCGCGAGGAGCCGGCUGUCGUGAAGCUGCUGCUGCGGGCAGUGGAGAUCCUCUCGAGGCACAAGAACACGGGGAAGCAGCUCCGUGCCCUGCAGCCCUACGUGCUCAGCUGCUGCUACUCCAUGGACGGCAGCGUCGUGGCCGAGACCUUCCAGGUGCUCAGGGACCUGGUGGACCAGCUGCCCUGGCAGCACUCGGCCGCCUUCCUCAUCCAGCUCACAUUCACCCUUGCGCCCUUCCUGGAGGAGGAGGCCGAGCAUCUGCGUGUGAUGGCCUUUGAGAUCUACGGGGCUCUCCUGGCCAAGGUCAGCAGGGGGGUCUUUGUCUUCCCCUUGAGGCACCAAGUCCUCAACCUGCUUAUCCUCCUCAUACUCCACCUGGAGGAUGCAAACGGCAGAGUAGCCCAGAUCGCCCGGCCCACUCUCUGCCACCUGGCCACCUUGCUGGGCUGGUCAAAGCUCAGGGCGACUUUCGCUGAGAAAGACGUGUGGACCGUCCUCAGCGCCCUGCUGCAGCAGGAGGCGGGCCGAGCCCUCUGGUUCCUGAAGCAGAGCGUGCUGCUCUUCAGGAGCCCGCAGGUCCCCAUCCGCCGGGCCGCCGUGUGGUUCGCAGGCCAGAUCAUCCAGACCCUGGGCGCGGAGGAGGCCGGGGAGGCGGAGGAGGCCCGCGCAGCCCUGAGACACAUGCGGGCAGACCUGGACCCCACGGUCAGCUGCCUCGCCACGCAGACCUCCUACGUCCUGGAGGCCAAGGAGGAGAUGUGGGUCGCCAGCUCCACCUCCUGCUUCUGCCCCAGGAGGCCGCGGAAGGCCUACUUCUGA